AUGCCGAAUUUUUCCUAUUGCAUAGCUCUUAUUCUAAUAUCCGGGUGUUUAUUACUCGUGGAAGCCUUCAGGAUUGAUAAUUUGGGACCAUCAAAAGCGCGUUUGAUACGUACACCCAUAGGCACCUUUUCCAGUUCCGACCUUUUAAGUCAAAGUGGCACACAUUACUCCGUAAAUGAACGGUAUCGCAUAUAUUCUACUGGAAUUCUAGCAAAUUCCGGAUAUUCUCAAGGAAGAGGAAAUGGCCCAUUCACGACUAGGGUAGGAUUUGGGUAUGAUCUCCAUCGGCUCGUUAAAGAUGGAGCAGACGGAAAGACCCUAAUAAUUGGUGGAGUAAAGAUUCCCGAUUCAGAGUUCCUGGUUGUUGGCCACAGUGAUGGUGACGUACUUUUACACUCGGUCUCCGAUGCUAUUCUGGGUGCCCUGGGAAAAGGUGACAUAGGUGACUAUUUUCCUGAUAACAAUGCAGAGUACAAGGACUAUGAUUCCUCAAAAAUACUGGCACUGGCUCUAGAAAUGGCAUCAGAACUCAACUACCGCAUACAAAACAUAGACACCUGCCUAAUUCUGGAAAGGCCAAAACUGGGCCCCUUUAAGGAUAAGAUAAAGCAAAACUUACAGGAACUUGUUGGAAAACAUGUUUGUAUAAAUGUAAAGGCGAAAACAAAUGAAAAACUAGACUCCUUAGGAGAAAACAAGGCAAUCGCAUGCCACUCUGUAGUCCUGCUGGAAAGGGGAGGCUGA